CGCGAUAGCGUAAAUCCCCCGCCCCUGAGCUGCUACCUUCGCCAUGGCGGCCGCCGCUGCCGCCUGCCGCCUUCUCCGGCUGGCACCGCGCCGUCUCCGGAGCCCGAGGCAUUCCCUCUUUCCUACGCCACUCGCUCUCUCCUCGGGUUGGCGCCGCUACUGCGCCGCCGCGCCCCCGGUCGCGGCCGCGGCGACGCCGACGGGGGACGCCGUGGGGGAGUUCCGCCGGAGGAUCAGGGUGGCGGAAGUGAAGGGCGGAGAGGACCAAGGCGCCGCUUGGGUCGGGAAGGAGCUUACCGUGCGCGGGUGGGUGCGCACCUGCCGCGCCCAGAGGACCGUGACAUUCGUCGAGGUUAAUGAUGGAUCUUGCUUGUCCAAUAUGCAAUGUGUGUUAACUCCUGAAACAGAAGGCUAUGACCAGAUAGACUCUAUCAAUACAGGGGCCUCAGUGUUAGUGGAGGGAGUUGUAGCAAGCAGCCAAGGUGGUAAGCAGAAAGUGGAGCUAAAGGUUUCAAAGAUCAUUGUGAUUGGGGAGAGUGAUCCCACAUCUUUUCCUAUACAGAAGAAACGAGCAUCAAGAGAAUUUCUGAGGACUGUGGCACAUCUCCGUCCUCGGACAAACACUUUUGGUGCAGUGGCAAGAGUAAGAAAUGCUCUGGCAUAUGCAACUCAUAAAUUUUUUCAAGACAGUGGAUUUAUUUGGGUAUCAAGCCCUAUUAUUACUGCCUCAGAUUGUGAAGGAGCGGGGGAGCAGUUCUAUGUCACUACUUUGCUUUCAAAUAGUGCUGAAGGAGGCUGCCUAGUCAACAGCAUUCCUUCGAAGGAUGGAAGGGUCGAUUGGUCACAGGAUUUCUUCUGCAAACCAGCAUUUCUGACGGUGUCUGGACAACUGAAUGGCGAAACAUAUGCUUCAGCUCUAUCUGAUAUUUACACAUUUGGUCCCACAUUUAGGGCUGAAAAUUCAAACACUUCAAGGCAUUUGGCUGAAUUUUGGAUGAUUGAGCCUGAACUUGCCUUUGCUGAUCUAAAUGAUGACAUGGCGUGUGCAAGUGCAUAUCUCCAGUAUGUAGUAAAGUAUAUUCUUGAGAACUGCAAAGAAGAUAUGGAUUUUUUUGAUACGUGGGUUGAGAAAGGGAUCAUAGAUAGACUAAAUAAUGUAGCUGAGAAAAACUCUGUUCAGAUGUCAUAUUCUGAUGCUAUCAAGCUACUUAUUGGGUCCAACAAGAAAUUCGAGUUCCCGGUGAAGUGGGGUUUGGAUCUGCAAAGUGAGCAUGAAAGAUAUAUCACAGAAGUCGCAUUUGGCGGCAGUCCUGUAAUAAUUAGAGAUUAUCCGAAGGAAAUCAAAGCUUUCUAUAUGCGACAAAAUGAUGACGGGAAAACAGUUGCGGCAAUGGAUCUAUUGGUUCCUCGGGUAGGUGAACUCAUUGGAGGAAGCCAAAGAGAAGAACGACUUGAUUACCUUGAAGCUCGGCUGGAUGAAUCAAAUCUUAACAAAGAUAGCUAUUGGUGGUAUUUGGAUUUGCGGCGAUAUGGAUCAGUUCCUCAUGCUGGUUUUGGCCUUGGAUUUGAACGGCUUGUACAGUUUGCAACCGGAAUAGACAACAUCAGAGACGCCAUUCCAUUUCCCAGGGUUCCUGGUUCUGCGGAGUUUUAGCACUUGAAGAGUAUCCGUGUAUAAUCUUUAAAAGCAUUCUUGCCUGGGACUUGAAGAAAACCUUACGUUGAUUUGUCAUUGUAAAGAGUUUACCUGACUGAUUUCUAAUCUGCAGGAGCGCACUGUAUCAUCAAAUUCCCUUGCAAAUUCGUCGAAUGCUGGGAUUUUAGUCGAUGAAUUCUUUGUGUACGUCCCUAUUCAGUAAAUAAACAAUUUUGCCUUGGGGACUGAUACCAGACUCAUUAUGAUAGCCACUUUUAUCC